ACCACGGUGACCGUCUCUCUCUCUCUCUGUUCUCUCUCUGUUCUCUGUUCUGUCUCUGUUCUCUCUCUCUGUUCUCUCUCGAGGCGAUGAGCUGAACAAUAAAAACAUGAACGAAUGAGACCAUGAAGCGAUGACAUCAUGAGAAGAGGAGGCCUGGAGAGAGCGAGGACGAGAGACACAGACCGACUGUAGACCAACAGGAGAGAGAGAGAGAGAGAGACAGGUGGAGGUGAAGGUGGAGGAAGACGUUGAGGUGAAGGUGGAGGAAGAUGUUGAGACCCUACAAUCUGCUGCUGUGGCAGUUGGCUCUCAGGUUAUCGUAUCACGUCGUUACAGCCAGUCUGUGUAUGGGGGGGUCGGACAUCUUUGCGGCGGUCAGAGAGAACAGUCCAACGGGUCAGUUCAUCUCUGACCUCAGUAUCAAAGCAGAACCAGGAGCUAACAUCAUCCGACUGUGUCUGACCGGAGACAACGCCGACUGGUUCUACUUAGAGGGUCGAACCAUCCGACUGAACACCUCCGUCUACAAAGUCCUCGACCGAGAGGUUCAGGGACCAGUGCUGAUAGCAGAGCUCACCUGUUAUGAGGAUGAUGUCAUACUGAGUCAGUACACGAUCCUGGUGGAGAUUUUGAAUGAAAAUGACAACAGACCAAACUUUGUGAAGGAGACGAUUCAACCAUUCACCAUCAGUGAGCUGACAGCAGUGAAUUCUGUGGCUUACACCGUGAAGGCCGUUGAUGAAGACGGAGACAUGAUCAGUUACAUCAUCGAUCAAUCAUCGCGUGAUGCAGAGUUCUUCAGGAUCGAUCUACCAAACAGUGGGAAUGUAGUUCUGAAUAAACCUCUGGACUACGAGACCAGAACUCAGCUGCAGGUGAUCAUCUGGGCCCAGGAAGCGAACACUGUGGAGAAGUUCAACACGUCUUCUGUUCUGACUGUGAACAUCGAGGACGGAGACGACCAGUAUCCUCACUUCCUGCCCUGCACACCUAUCGCUCCAGAUGUUCCUGUGUGCAUGAGCCCCACCUACACCACCAACAUCACACAUAAACACCAGGACGCAGUUCUGGAGUUUUUUUCCCGGUCCAAUCAGAGCACAAGAUGGAGACAGAGGAAUCAACACUCCUCUGAUCUACAGCAUCCUGUCAGGUCAUUAAACACUGAUCUGCUGUUAAAGACCACUAACUAAUCAGGAAUGAGUCCUAAAACACGGAAAUGAGUCACUUCCUGUUCCCUCGUCUGGAAGUCAAUGGGUUUUUAGAUAGACGUCUGAAAUAAGGUCUGUGGUUAACACAAGCUGAAGAGAUUUUAAUGUUUUGUUCUACGAUAUAAAAUACGUCAGUAAAUAUCCCACUGGUGAAUUUUGAAGUGAAGUGAAAAGGCGGUUGUUAACAAAUGUCUAAAUGAGACCACUAAACGUCAUCACGCCGACUCGUCCUCCUUUACAGCCUCGUUGAGUUUACUCACGCUCAUGUGACCGUGGUGUAGUUGGUUUAUAGCCUAACGUUAGCUUUUUA